AUGUACAACUCCCACGAAAAGUGGGAUCAUCCCAAGCACGAAACUCUCGAAAUCCUUCAAGGAUGGGUAUCCCAGCAUCCUGAUUACGACCUCAUCGAAGAGCGCUUUGAAGAAUGGAAGGGAAUCAUGGAUAUCAAAGUAUGCCAGGUAAUGGCUUUGAAGCUGGUCUACAGACAACGCGUUGAGAAGCUCUUCAACAUUCUCUGGUCCGUUCCUGCUGAUAGCACUCGCUAUGAACCACUUGUUGGUUGGGCUGCCCUUGUUGAGGAGGAGACGAAGUGGGCUGAAUACAGACUCAUGGCAUUCGACGUGGAUGUCGCCGGCAUGGUUGACAAAGAAAAUGAUACACACCUUGUAGCAUCAGGGGCAUCGGCCACCCGAACCCCAAGACCCUCAACGAUUAAGGUGCGGAAGACUCAGAACAAGCCCGCGACAAAGACCAAGGUGGUCAAAACAACACAUGUAUUGAGGUGGGGGGGCUACAGGCUAGCCACAAGACCAGAUAUGUUUGCGGAACCAGAGAGAUUUGCGAAAGAAUGA